AUGAGAGACUAUUCUAGAGUUGCUUUGGAGCUGAUGGCAACCAUCACCAACCCCGCAAUCAUUGAUCGUCUCUCGAAUUGCAAUCUAUACCGCCUGAGAACCAACGUCAUCUUCGGAGUGACUUGGUCUACGGAAGACAAUCACACCUACUGGCCCUCUGUCAGUACCAGCGACAUCGUGGAAAUGGAGAACGCCUGGGGAAGAGACAGACUCGAGCAUUUCAAUCUACACUAUUUCGACAAUAUCUACAUCGCAGAGGGCCAUUAUAUCUCCAACUGCAUCGGCCAGACAUGCUUUCGAGUACACGAACUCAUCGAUUACAUGUACGAGCAAGAAGAGCAAGAAAGGGAGAGGGAACGGCUCGAGAUGGUCCGCUUCCUUCGAGAGGCGAAAACCCUUGCGCAAGAGCUACCCGUGACGGGACACAGGCGCAGUUGCUGGACUGAAUCAGCCAUUCUUGACAACGAGUUCAAAUCGGCACCUGGUAUCUUUAAAUUGAUUCAAAUCACCAUUAUUUCUCCGGGCAUCGGUCUACGAUCGAACUUGAUGGGUUUCUUUUUUGCCGCUUUUGAGCAUAGGUGUCCCCAGAAGGCCAAUGGAUAUGGCCCUUGGUCGACACAUAUCAAAAGCAUAAAAGAAAAUCACGCUGCUGUUAUCCUCAUGCUCUGUCCUCUGCAAGAAAAUCAGAUCAUGGCUGAAUCGGACGGGCCAUGA